AAGCCAGAAAUUGAAGUAAGUGUUUGUUUUCUCUGUCCUCUUCCACUUCAACCUCCCUCAGAAAUGGCACCGUCUAAGCUGAAGGCCGGUUUUGUGGUUUGGCCGAAUCUACUCACCACAUUGAUCAUGUCGAUAAUGGCUUCAUACUUAACCGGUGCAUGGGAGCUCAGUAUCACACACGCUGCUGCAAUUGUCAAUUUGUAUUCGGGUGUGGUGGGCAUAAUGCCAGUGGGCAUGAUAUGUAUAGUCUACAUGACUGGUUACAUGGGUAGCUAUUGGAUGAUCUUGCUCUCCAGAUUUGCCUACACUGCUGGCUUGGUUCUUUUGGCGAUGUCAACACCUCCAGUCCUUGCUGGGGCAACAGGCACUUGCAGCUCAUAUAAGGCCGAGUGCAUUGGCCAAGUACAAAAGGUUCUGUUUUACACGUCAUUACCUCUAAUAGCUGUGGGUGUGUCUGCUUACUUGGGCUCUGCGCUGACAUUCAUCGAUGAGUUGUUGCCCCAAACAAAUCCUGAACAGUUGCCGCCACCAGAAUCUGAGCAGUUGCCGCCACCACCAGAAUCUGAGCAGUUGCCGCCACCACCAGAAUCUGAGCAGUUGCCGCCACCACCAGAACCUGAGAAGUUACCGCCUCCAGCACCAGCAGCUGAGCAGUUGCAGCCACCAGCAUCUAAGAAGUUGCCACCAAAAGAAGUUGACAAGCAGAUUACUCCAGAAUCAAAUGGCACUAGUUGGGCCAAAUUUUUUAAAAGCGAGUGGUUCUUUGGUGUGAUAUCAAUGAUCUUCUUCCCUGGAGCUGCACUUCUGGCGAUUGGUUAUAUAAAUCCUUGGUCGAUUAAGUUUGGCAUAGGAGCCAUAUGCACAGUGGUAUCAACAAUUAUCUUCUUGUGUGGUUUACGUUCAUUCCCACGUGGACGUGGAGCUGGACAAAAACCGAUCAGUCUUACCAAAAUGUUUAGGAAACAAGAUGCCAAAAGCAUCCUACGCCUGAUGCCUACAUGCAUGACCUGUAUCCUGACAGGUAUUGUAGUUUCUAUCGGAAAUACUUACUUCAUUGAACAAGCAACCGACAUGAAUCCCCAUGUUGGGCGCUUAUUGGUUCCUAUUAUUGUCCUUCCAAUUUGUUUCCAAGGGUAUCUGAAAGCGUAUUUGGCGAACCAAAUAAAAUGGUGUGCUGCGGAUCCCAGAUUUGGAAUUGCUGUGUCAAAGAUAAUUGCAACUCUGUGUUGUAUCACAGCUGCAAAAGUGGAGACCCGAAGAUUAGGUGUGGUGAGGAGUGAGGGUUUGAUCGAGGACGACGACGAGGACACGAAAAAAAUUUCCAUGACCAUGUUUUGGUUGGUUCCACAGUUUCUUCUUCUCGGAUUAGCUGAAGAGCUUUCAGAGAAGAGCAUUGUUUGUUUCUUCACCGAUAAGCUGGAAAUUAAAACCCCGGAGGAAGACGAGGCAACAAAAGAGUCCAAGAAUAUGUACAUGAAAAUAUUUGCUCAAGCGGUUAGUGGAGUGGGAAUUAUAUGUGGUGUGUUGUCAGUUUAUGCAGUGGGUGAGACAAGUGCAAGGGUGGGAGGGUCCAGUUGGUUCCAGUUCACGCUAAACAGGAGUCGUUUGGACAAUUACUAUUGGACCUUGGCUGCAUUGACUGCAAUUAAUCUUGUGCUGGAUCUUUUGGUGAGAUGUGUAGUCUUUAGGGACUGAUAAGAUUAAGUAUAUUGUAUUUAUACGUAUUUGUUAUGUUUUAGUGGUAUUGUGGAUGUGACACAGCGUGAUAAUUGAAUGGCUAAAACUAUAGUCUAAACACACCAACUCUGGACUACAGAUGAUAACAUUUCCUGUAAACGUGAGUUAUUUAAAUAAGUAUGUAAAUAUAUUGUGAAUAUUAGGAGUCCUUUAUUAGGAAGGAUUUAUUGUUGUGUCCUUUAUUGAUUAGUGUUUCCUUGUAGAGUAAGGAUUAUGUGUGUAUAUAUUUCAAGGAAGUAAUACAAUGAAAAAUUACCCCGUAAAA